CGUCAGUGUUAGUCUGGCAACAGUGGUGAGUGGUUGUGUCGCCUCUCGUGCACUGUCGCACCUCCACUUGGUUCUGUCUCUCUCCUAAUUAUCAUUAUAUGGGCGGUGACGGUAUGCAGAUUGUAUGUGUGGCUGACAUAGACACACAAGCUGGCACAGCUACGGUGGAACAACUACAGGAAGUUCAUGGUCACGAUAAUGUCAUAUUCGUCGCCUGUGACGUUACCAAAGAUGAUGAUUUUAAAGGUGCCUGGGACACAGGGGUGGAGAAGCUGGGCACUGUCUCACUACUCAUCAACAACGCGGGUAUUGGUAACGAACAGAACUGGCAGAAGACCAUUGAUGUUAACUUGCCAAACAUGCUAUCGUCGGCCUCACCAGGAGCUUAGGGUCUGAGUUCCAUCAUAAGAUCAGUGGUGUGAAGGUUCAAAGUCUGUGUCCUAGCCUGGUGAGAACCGACCUUGUCAUCAACUCCGUCAAGAACGCCUUUUCCCCUGAGGUGGCACAAACCUUGACCAAGUUCGCUGCUUCUCUCGCUGACAUGUCAGCGGAGACGGUGGCAGAGGCGCUAAUAAAGCUGUUAGAGGAAGGUCGUAACGGAGCUUGUAUGGUGGUAGUAGCUGACAAGACUCCCUUCUAUGUGGACUCUCCCAUACCUUCCUAGCUCCUGCUGCUCCUGCUGCUCCUGCUGCUCCUGCUGCUCCUGCUGCUCCUGCUGCCUUCUACUGACUCAAGCAACUUAGGUCAUUUGCCUCUGUGAAACAUCACUUGUUUAACAGCCACAGCAGCGAUAAUCACCACAAUUACUAUAAAGAUAACCCAGACGUCUUCACUUGAGCUAUCUCAGUCACCACCGUCUCUUGGUGGACGAUUUAACACAUAUAUUAACAUUUUAUGUAAGCUCUGCUGACUGGAGCGGAGUCGUCACAUGCGCAAGUACACGGCUGUACAGGCUAGAUAACAGAGUACAUAUAUGGACUCGUGUGUGAGUCAGCAGGGUUGUCCAGCGGACUUUUCACAUAAUUUGCCACUCUCAUGGUGUAAAAUUCUCAUUUCAUAUUGAUCCAUAUUGAAAACCGAUUAUCAUUCAUGUCUGGUUUAUCACUGUCUUAAAUAAUGUUUUUAUAAACUUUGGAAUUAACUUAAAGUAAUGUUAUGUUCUCUCUUUAUUUGACUUACAUUAUUUCUGAUGUAUUCACAAAAAUAGUAAAUUUUUGUAGGUUAUUUAAAUCUUAAAAGUCUUUACUGUUAUAAAUAAUUCUGAAGCCUCUGAGCUUCGAAAAAAACACACACACACACACACACACCACACACACACACACACACACACACACACACACACACACACACACACACACACACACACACACACACACACACAGGUGUCCCUGUUUGCAGAUGACGUGAAGUUGAUGAGAAGAAUUCACUCGAUCGAAGACCAGGCAGAACUACAAAGGAUCUGGACAGGCUGCAGACCUGGUCCAGCAACUGGCUCCUGGAGUUCAAUCCCACCAAGUGCAAAGUCAUGAAGAUUGGGGAAGGGCAAAGAAGGCCGCAGACGGAGUACAGUCUAGGGGGUCAGAGACUACAAACCUCACUCAAGGAAAAAGAUCUUGGG